AUGGCGGCGGGCGGCGUGUGGGUGUUCCGGAAGGACGGGGUGAUGGAGCUGGCGCAGGAGGCGUCGAGCAGGAAGGCGCUGGUGUACUUGCCGGCGAACGAGACGAUGCGGUCCCUGCCGGCUCUGGAGCGGCGGCUGGGGUCGUUGGGAUGGGAGCGCUACUAUGAGGACCGCGCCCUCGUGCAGCUUCACCGCCGCGACGGUAGCCUCGACCUCAUCUCGCUCCCGCGAGACUUUUCGCAGUUCCGCUCCAUCCACAUGUACGAUGUCGUCGUCAAGAACCGAGGCCACUUCAAGGUCAUCGGCCGCUAAACGGUAAACAUGCGUCUACCUACGUACGAGCGUACCUACUUUUCCUGGCCAGUCAAGCUUGCUAGCUGUGUCGAUAUGUGUGUUGAAUGUAUGU